AUGAAGCGUUUCGGGAAAAAGCCCAAGCGGCUCCAGAAGUUUGCCCUCGCCAACGGCGGCUACAUCGGCGGCAUCACCAACGACGGCAACACCUGCUUCAUGAACUCCGUCAUCCAGCUGUUGGCGCUGCUGACCGAGUUGGCCAAGUUCAUCGACAAGUACGUGGCGCUGGACGUGACUGACGAACGCAUGAUCAGGGCCCUGCCCUACGCCUUCACCAUGGCGCUCAAAAACUUGCUCACUAAAAUCAACGGCCAGUACGGCCUGAGAGGCAAGGAAUUUACGACGAAGCUGUUGCUCCAGAAGAUGCCUAAUGGCCCUAAACAAAACUUCUUCUUGGGCUACAACCAGGAAGACGCCCAGGAGUUUUAUCAGUUGGUGAUGGACUUGUUGGAAAACGAAUACAAAAAGACGAUGAAGCUGAGGAUACUGACGCCUGACCCCGAAGAGAAACCACUGCCGUUCAUCAACACCGCCGACUUGGCCGAAGUGGUGAUGGGGACGUCGAAAUUGGGCCAAUUGGGUGACGUCUACGUUCCCGCGGCCCACGUCGACCCUAACUUGGAAGACGCUGAGGGUAAAGCCCAGCGGCUCGAGCUCAUCACUCCUGUCGACGGUGUCCAGACUGAACGUAUCGGGUGUAUGGUUUGUGGUGAAGUCGGCGGUAUCCGCUACCUGGUGAUCCUGGGAUUGCUGCUUAACUUACCGCUGAGUCGCAUGACUCGCGGCUUCACCAUCGAAGAGUUGUUAAACACCUGGAUCGAGCCCGAAAUCAUCGACGAAGUCAACUGUAACCGCUGUGGUCUCAACCAGACCCGCGAGUUCUUGGCGGAAAAGGUGCUGCUGACAGACAACGCCGACAUCGCCGAUAAGUUCCAGCAGCGGCUCGACGAGAUCGACAGCGAGCUCGCCAAACACACCGUCAGCGACGAGGCGUUUGAGCGGUUGCUGAUCAAAAACAUGUUGAAGAAGAGCCGCAAGCAGAAGCAGCUGUUCCUCACCCGGCCGCCGCCGUUCCUCUGCAUGCACAUCAACCGGCUGGUAUUCGACCCCAACACUUACAUGAUGAUGAAGAACACCGCUAACGUGUCGUUCCCGGCAGUGCUUGACUUACUGGCGUACGUUGUCGAACCUGAAGACAUAAAUAUGGACGCCCGUAAACCGUUCAGACGCCAAGACGAGCCGACACCCGUGGUGAAGGAGACUAUCGGCGUCCCGGAAAAGACUGAGGAUGUUGGCGAACUGACAGCUGAACUGACAGCAGAGCUGACAACAGAGCCGACACAGGAAAAGGCCGAACCCACAAAGCCGGCGAAACCAGUAUCCAAGCUCACCCAGGCGUUCGGCGCCGAGCUCACCCCGAGCCAGCUUGGUCUGGCCAUCACUAACGAGCUCAACGAAGACCACCCUCGCAAGCACUUGUUGUACCACUUGAAGGCGGUGAUUGUUCACUACGGCACCCACAACUACGGCCACUACAUCUGCUACCGCAAGUACCGCGGCACCUGGUGGCGCGUCAGUGACGAGCUGGUGUACGUGGUGACGGAGCAGGAAGUGUUGGAGGGCCACGGCACCUUCAUGUUGUUCUACGAGUACGACGACGGCCACCACGAAGUGUACCAGCCGGUGCUGGACUCCGAAGGGGAAGAGAACGACAACGACGGCGACGACGACAUGUUGCUGAAGCUGGCGCCGACGACACUGACGACACAGUACCUGUGGAACACGACGCUGCCGUUCCAGCGGCUCACGCCGAUGACACCGAUGACGCCGUUGACGCCGAAGCUGGAGGAAGACAAACCCGACGAGGUGAAUGUCGAGGAAGACCGGGCUCACCUUUAA